CGGAAUGUGACGGCCGGUUAUGUAAACUGCUUGACUCGGAGCGAGAGAAUCUGAGGAAAAGGAGAGGCGAAAAGGGUGCGAAUGGCGAACAGCUCGAAAAACCCUAAGAAGGCGAACCUCCUUGAUCCCCAUGCGAUCAAGCACGUUCUUGACGAAUCUGUUAAUGAGAUCGUGACGAGCCGGGGGUACCCGGAGGACUUCCGUCUGAGCAACUUGAGGCUGUUGAUCGGGACUGUGAUUAUUGCCAUUGCCCUACUUGCGCAGUUCUACCCUAAAAAAUUCCCGGAGAACAGGGAUAUCCUCAUCGGCUGCAUCAUAUUGUAUGUAGUUCUCAAUGGGAUCUUGCAAUUCAUUAGCUACACCAAGGAGAAAAAUGCGAUCCUCUUCACUUAUCCUCCUCCUGGAUCCUUCAACAGCACAGGGUUGAUUGUGUCCUCAAAGCUUCCCAGGUUUUCAGACAUGUACACUCUUACGAUAGCUAGUGCGGAUCCAAAAUCCAUUUCUGCAAACAAAUCAGUGCAACUUAUCAAGAGUGUCACAAAAUGGUUUACGAAGGAUGGGAUCCUUGUCGAGGGCCUAUUUUGGAGGGAUGUGGAGAGACUGAUGGAUGACUACAAUGGAGAGAGGAAGAACAAGUGAGUUGAAUCCUAAAACUAGACUUCAAAAACGGCCGGUUUUUCUGGGUUCCGAUUGCUGGGGCUGAUUUAGUACAAAUGCUUUGAUUUUGAGAACCAAAUAUAUAACAAUCCCUCUACAUUCAAAAACUGGAAAUUAGAAUCUUGCAGGGGCUUUCUUCUGAGUUAUGUGGCGUCAGAAUAGUAAACUUUCUUCAUUUAUGAGUUCUGUUUACUCUUUUCUUCAUUUACCCUUUCUUUUAAUUUGUGACCUAGCUUUA